AUGCUUUUGUCUUAUCGUCCGCUCCGAGAGGACUUGCGUGAUAUAGGCUAUAUUCGAUAUACUCGUCCCUUUAUGACUACGGCUAAUAUUAAAGACUUGCAAAAUAAUCUCAAGGACCCCUCCCUUGGGUCUACGCCCCAACAUCCCUUUAGCACUCCCGAGAACGCUCAAUAUUGGUCCGACGUCUAUGAAACGGCGAAGUACGAGGGUCGACACCGAUUUAAUCCCACGUGUCGACUCGUUCGAAAGCGUAUUAUGGCUUGGACCAUCUAUCUAACCUCUUUCCUAGCGGCCGAGCUCCCGGGCGGCCUUCUUAGCAAGAAGAUUAGCCCCGACGUCAUGACUCCAAUUGCAAUCUACAUUUGGGGGGACCGCACUGGCUUCUUCAUCACUCGUGCUUUGUUAGGUUUCUCUCAAGGAGGCUUCAUUCCAGAGAUGGUUCUUUAUCUCUCCUACUUUUUCAAAUCCAACGAGUUGCCUAUACGACUAUCAAUAUUCUGGACUGCUAUUCCCUUGACCCAAAUCAUCGGAUCGCUGCUGGCGGCAGGGUUUCUCAAGAUGCGAGGAUUGCACGAUUGGUCCGGCUGGCAGUGGCUGUUCUUGAUCGAAGGCCUCAUGAGCGUCACUGUGGGACUUGUGACUUUCGUCGUAAUGCCCGCCAGUAUCACCGAGUCCGGCCAUAUCCUCCGUGGAAAAGCUUCAUGGCUUCACGGAAAGACUGGAUGGUUCACAGAAAGAGAAGAGAAGAUUGGAGUGAACCGCAUUCUUCGCGAUGACCCGUCGAAAGGUGAUAUGAACAAUCGCCAAUACGUGAGUCUCCAGGGCAUCUGGCAGGCGGUGAAAGAUAUUGAUCUGUGGCCAACAUAUAUGCUUGGUAUCGUCGCCUUCAUCCCAUUCCAGCCUGCUGCAAAUUAUCUCUCUUUGACAUUGAGAAACCUGGGAUACACGGUGUUCGAGGCAAACAUGCUGGCAAUCCCCGGCUAUACCUUGUUCUUCAUUAAUAUCCUGACGGUGGUCUGGUUGAGCGAGAGAUACCGCGAACGGCUCAUCUUUGGAGCUACCAGCAACUUCUGGGUAUUGCCGUUCUUGAUCGCACUCGUGACAAUCCCGUCAAGUGCGAGCCCAUGGGUUCGCUAUGCGCUUCUCACUGGUGUAAAUGGGGAGCCGUACACUCACGCAAUCCUUGUUGGGAUGAUCUCACGAAACGCCAAUAGUGUUGGUACUAGAGCUGUCUCAGCAGCUGUCUACAACAUUUGCUAUCAAAUCGGUUCUAUCGUUGCGGUGAACGUAUACCGAAACGACGAUAAGCCUUAUUAUUAUCGCGGAAAUAAGAUUCUUGUUGGCCUCGCCUCAGCUAACAUUGUGCUCUUCUUCUGGGCCAAGCUGUACUACAUCAAGCGCAAUCAGCAGAAGGAGAGGCAAUGGAGAUUGCUCAGCGACUUCGACCAGGCGAACUACCUUUCCACUACGAAGGACACUGGGACGAAGAGGCUGGACAUUCGAUUUGCACAUUAGCCAGCGACAGCUGUGUAAACAACAAUGCUAACGUCGGCUACGUCUGGCAAGGACUACAUCGACGUUAUCAAUUUUAUGGGCCAGUAGGAAUAUACGGUAGAGCUGAUGGUCUCCCCGCUGUCAACGACUAGGCAUAUAUCGUUGUGCCUGAAGGACGUGAAGGACGUGAAGGACUUCAGAAUGACAAUUAAAAUGCUAUCAG